AUGUCACUUCUCUUCUUCGUGGAUGUUCAUUGAACUACACGGAUCGACACAGAUCCACUGACGUGUUUACGUUCUCAUUUAUGUGCUAAAAUUACAUUUGCUCCUUUUAACAAUGAGGCUUAAUUCGAGUAAGCGUUGAGUUUCAUUCAUCAAAAAACUGUACAGCGUUCAAAACAGUUAAGAGGAAGGUUUUUUUUUUUCCUUCUCGGGCACCCUCAUCUGCAGCAUGGAUCGCCUCGCGUCUUUUGGAAAUGAUCCUUUCGAUAAGCCUCCCUGUCGAGGAUGUUCCUCGUUUCUAGUGGAGCCUUACAUUAAAUGUGCUGAAUGUGGACCGUCACCUUUCCUCUUGUGUCUGCAGUGCUUUACUAGAGGAUACGAGUAUAAAAAGCACCAGAGUGACCACAAGUAUGAAAUCAUGACGUCUGAUUUCCCCGUGUUAGAGCCUGGCUGGACUGCGCAGGAGGAGAUGGCUCUGUUAGAGGCCGUCAUGGACUGUGGUUUUGGGAACUGGCAGGACGUGGCUUACCAGAUGCGCACCAAAACCAAAGAGGAGUGUGAAGGACACUACAUGAAGAACUUCAUCAACAAUCCUCUGUUCUCCUCCGCUCUGCUCAAUCUCAGACAGAUGCAAGAUCAUCUGUCCCGGACAGCAGACACGGCCAUUCCCUUUAAGCCCACUGAUGAUCCUCCCAGGCCUUCUUUCGACUCUCAGGUGUCCAGAGAUAUGGCUGGAUACAUGCCGGCUCGAGCUGACUUCAUGGAGGAGUUUGAUAACUAUGCAGAAUGGGAUUUGAAAGAUAUCGACUUUGUUGAUGAUGACUCUGAUAUUCUUCACGCACUGAAGGUUGCAGUAGUUGACAUAUAUCACUCCAGACUUAAAGAGAGACAAAGGAGAAAAAAGAUCAUUCGAGACCACGGCCUCAUCAACCUACGCAAGUUUCAGAUUUUAGAGAGGCGGUAUCCCAAGGAAGUGCAGGACCUUUAUGAUGUCAUGAGGCGCUUUGCACGUGUGGCGGGACCCAUAGAGCACGACAAGUUCAUCGAGAGUCACACCUUGGAGUUUGAGCUGAAGAGGGAGAUCCGUAGACUGCAGGAGUACAGGAGAGAGGGAAUACAGUCCUUCUGUGGUGCUAAAGUGUACGAGAGAGUCAAACGCAUGCGAGAGGACGAGCGCAGGAAGAGGAACAUGCUGUGUGACAUCCUGCAGUACAUUCAUGAUGCUCGUGCGUGCCAGAAGUGGCUCCAAAACCAGGCUGCCAUUGAUGCUGGAAUCACCCCUGUGGUCACUACUAUCACUACCUCAGGCAGAAAAAGCGCACCUCCUCUCAACCUAACAGGACUUCCUGGCACAGACAAACUCAAUGAGAGAGAAAAAGAGCUAUGUCAGGUGGUUCGUCUGGUGCCUGGGGCGUAUCUGGAGUACAAACAGGCCCUGAUGAACGAGUGCCGGCGGCAGGGGGGUCUACGGCUGGCCCAGGCCCGAUCGCUCAUCAAGAUAGAUGUCAACAAGACACGCAAAAUCUAUGAUUUUCUUAUCAAAGAGGGCUACAUCAAUAAGGCUUAGUGGUGAUUGAACUGCUGCAAGGACAUCUGAUAGAUGAAGAAUCAUAUUCGUUGUGGAUCAUUCAUGUUGAGAGAGAGCAAUGAGAGAUGACAGAUUUGAAGUGCACCGGUUCGAUGUGUUUUUUCCUUACUGAUCUGCACCUGUUUGUUUUUGAGUGCUUCUUUAAAGCUGUGUUUAGGUCUAAAUAAGCUGAGAGUUGAGUCUAAAGACUGCUGCUGUUUGCACCCAGGAGAAUCUGAUUACAUGUCACUGUAAUAUCAAGAAAUCAUUGUUCACUGGCCCUUAAAACUGUCAAUUAAUUUUAGAAUUCUAGACCAGGUCUGUAAAGAACGUUUGAAUCACAAAAUCAAUAUAGAAAUAAGAAAUGUA